AUGUCAACAGCCAGGGAGACAAAAAAGCUGCAAUUUACGUGCGAGCAAUGCCGUAAACGGAAGGUUCGUACUACGCCGUUGAACAUCUCUGUCAAAUGUAACGGGCGGGAGCCAAGGUGUAAUCGGUGUGAGGCUCGGGGAGAAGAAUGCGAAUACAAACAGUCACCCACGUUGGCUUACACACACUCACUAGAGAAACGUGUCGAGGAGUUGGAAGCGGAGAUUCAGGCUCUUCGAGCUGGAGCAGCAGACAAGGGCAUCCCGGAAGCUGAAUCCUCUGUUGAAAAAGAAAAUACGCUUAUCAAUGCCAUGGAAUCAUCUAGACCCAGGGUCCUCAAGGGUCUGAAUCUCGAUGACAAGGGUGUCCCGACCUAUCAUGGUUCAACAAGCUUUUUCCACCGGCUGGAUAGUUCUAUCCAAGAUGAAAGCACUUCCGGAGUGGCUACACAGAUAUCUGACCCUCUUGGAGCUGAGAGCAGGGAGAGGCUUGUAUUGAAUGCAUGGGAACAGCGUGCUCAAGAGAGUUUGUCUCAAAUACCUGAGCCUUUCCGAUACUUGUUGAAUCUUCACUGGUGCUGGAUUCAACCAUUAUUUAACUUCGUAUACAGACCAGCCUUCACACGCGAUAUGGCUACGCUGGGACCCUACUACUCUCACACAUUGAUGAAUGCUCUGCUUGCCCACUCGGUACGGUGGGGGAUAGGGGACGAACAAACCCGACAAGCUCUGAGUGCUUACGAUGAUGGAAAAGUGUUUGCUAGGCAAGCUUGGGAUGGCAUCUUUAAUGAGCUUAGAGAAGGGGUGUGCACCAUUCCAACAGUGCAAGCGCUCCUUCUUCUGAGCGCACAGGAAUGCAGUCGUGGCAAUAGCACACAGGCAUGGGUUUGUACUGGCAUCGCCUUUCGACUAAUUGACCAUCUUGGGAUCUGCUUCGAUAGCCAACGAUACAUGGGGUCUGUCGCUUUAUCUGACGAAGACACGGAAAUACGCCGUCGCUUGUUUUGGAGCUGUUACUUUUGGGACAAACUGAUGAGUCUCUAUCUGGGAAGGUCGCCCUCUUUGCAGCAAUCUCCCGCCUCCCCUCCACAGCGCAUCCUUGAUGAUUCGGCCGAGGACGAGUUGUGGACGCCACACGGUCUCACUUAUGCUGAUGGAGAACAAUACCCUCCUACUCCCUCCCAUUCGACAUCCUCAUUUAUUCAGAUAUGCCGGCUUACGGUCAUAUUCAAUGAAAUUCUGAUCCACAUGUACGAUCCGACCUACCACAACUCAGAUACAGAGAUGCACAGUUGUCUUAUCAAAGAGGAGGCAUCAUUGAACUCAUGGUGGGCGGAAUUGCCUCCCUUUCUCAAGAUGGAUGUAUCAGAUCUUCCUCGAUAUGCUCCACCUUCACAUAUCGUAAUACUGAAUCUUCUGUAUCACUGCUUUCGAAUCCUCCUCUAUCGGCCAAUGCUAUCACGCCGCUCGUCCCCGGAAUCUGGCCCUCUAGAGCCAAAUCCAAACCAUCUCCGUGAAUGCGUCAGCUCUGCAACAGCUAUAAUCGCCAUUUUCGACGUCUAUUAUCGAACAUUUGGCGAAUCUCACUGUACGAUUUCCGUCGCAUACUGCGUGUAUAUAGCUUCAUCCAUCUUCCUUCUCCAAGUACAAGCUACGCCAAGUGAUCAUCAAGCCGCACGUCGGCUGGAGUUCUGCGCCCACGCACUGGCAAGCGCUAGCAGGAUCAAUCCGAUAAUCCGAAGCGCGCUGAAGCUAGUGAUUGAGGCAAUCAACGACCUUGGAGUUGAAAUGGUGAUGCCCGUUGAACCACAGCCUGUGAACGGCACAAGUUAUCCGCUGCAAUCUCACGCAUUCCUAUCUUCGAAUGAUUCAAGCCAGUUGCCCUUCACUUAUGAGUCCGAUUUUGUAGGGCUUGAUCAGUUGCAGUUUGGUCAUCUUGAUGCUGAGGAUCUAGGCAUAUCGGCUGAAAUGUUCCAGGCUGUUUUGUCUUUAGAGCCUAUGACUGUGAGGUUGGAAGACCUUAAUGAUCAAGGUUUUUGA